AUGGCAACUGAGAAUCCUAUUAGGAUGUCUGGUAACAAUGAAAGAUGGUCUAAUUCUGUUCCUAACCGAAGUGGGAGUGCUCCUCCGAGCAUGGAGGGAUCCUUUCUAGCAGUUGAUAAUCUAUUGUCACGACAGGGGAAACACUCGUUUGAGGAGACUCUUCCUUCUAAACACAACCUGAAACGCACACCUUCUCCACCUAUCUAUUACCCUGCUGAGUAUCAGUUCGUAGACAAUCGUGUAGGUAGUAGAAUGUAUAAAGUUAAGUCUCCCAUUCAUUUGUCCCAAGGUACACUUUCUACUCACAAGGAAGUGUCUGAGGAUGAAAGCUCUCAGCAGCAGUCUAUCAAUAGUUUUUCUGAUAGGACAAAUGGGGUGGAUGAAGAUUUGAGACAGGGUGAUAAUUCUUCUGUUCCGACCCCUCAAUAUAGUCAGUCUAACUCUUUAGAUGGUGCAAUGAACAUAGCGGAUGAGAGUGGUAAUGUGUCUGAGACAUCAGAUAGUGUUGUGGUUAAAGAUAAUGCUGCUGCAGUGACUAGAGAUUCUGUUGUCACUGAGAAGACUCCUGAUGAGUUGACUAUCGUCUCUAAGAUGAAGAAUGCUAACAUAUCAGGACCUGCAACCUUCAGAUACUCUCGAGAACCAAGGAAUGCAAGGCCAGAAAGGCAGGUUUAUCAACAACAAAAUAAUGUAACAUGGGUUCAAGGUGGUGCCAAAAUGGGUUAUCAUGGUGUAAACGAUGCGGCUAACGGGACGGGACAGUUUCAUUAUGGUCAGCAUGUGCUUCAGUCUUCAGGCUUUACGCGGCCUCAGCUUUACAAUGCAACUCAAGCAGCUUAUGUGACUUCACCAGCUCAAGUCUACAACAUGCAUUCUCCUACUGUUUACUCUCCUCAAUAUGGUUAUGGACCUUACACUAACAUGAUCCCACACCCACAGUUUAUACCUGGAUACCCUUCACAUGGUUCGGUUCCGCUUAUUGUUGGUCCAGAGUUUGUUCCUCAGCUACCUGGACCAAGUGCGGGAGGUGAAAUGCAGUAUGCUCAGAAGUUCUAUGCUCCACCAGUGCAACCUUCUUUUCCAGAUCCUAUGCAUAUGCAGUACAGUCAACAGCCAUUCGGGCAUAAGAAUGGUCCUGAGUCUCAGAAAGAUGAGCAGAAAUUUGUCCGGGGAAUAAGGGGCCCGAGUAACUUUAAUAUGGGUAGAAUGGGUGGUCUUAAUUAUUAUGGAGUUCAGCCAAGUAUGGGCGUUAUGGUGCAGUAUCUGCCUACACAGCCCGGUGCUCCUCUUUCACCGGCCUCUGUUCCCUAUGUAGAGGCAUAUCAUGGGUGGCAGCCACAGGGCAAUGGGCCUAGAUUGUGCAAUUUUCUUGAAGAGCUGAAAUCUGGAAAAGGCAGGAGGUUUGGUUUAUCAGACAUUACAGGACACAUUGUUGAAUUCAGUGCUGAUCAGCAUGGGAGCAGGUUCAUUCAGCAGAAGAUUGAGAAUUGUAGUCCAGAAGAAAAAGCAGCUGUCUUUAGGGAGAUUCUCCCACAUGCUUGCAAACUAAUGACUGAUGUGUUUGGCAAUUAUGUUAUUCAGAAGUUUUUCGAGUACGGAAACCCAUCACAGAGAAAGGAACUCGCGGAUCAACUCAUGGGACAGAUAGUGCCACUUAGUCUGCAGAUGUACGGUUGUAGAGUGAUACAAAAGGCUCUUGAUGUCAUAGAACCUGAUCAGAGAGUUCGUUUAGCACGUGAACUUGACGGACAGGUGAUGAGAUGUGUUCGAGACCAAAACGGAAACCAUGUGAUCCAGAAAUGCAUCGAGAACAUCCCUGCAGACAGAGUUGGAUUCAUGUUAGCUGCAUUCCGUGGUCAAGUUUCCUCCCUCUCUAUGCAUCCUUAUGGCUGCCGUGUCAUCCAGAGGCUUCUUGAGCGUUGCUCAAAUGAGCAUCACUAUCAGUUCAUCACCGAGGAGAUACUAGAAUCAGUAUGCGUUCUUUCCAAGGACCAAUAUGGAAAUUAUGUGACACAGCAUGUUUUGGAGAAAGGGACAUCUGAAGAACGAGAGAGAAUCGUGAGGAAACUAUCAGGGCACAUCGUGCAGCUUAGCCUACAUAAAUUUGCAUCAAAUGUUAUAGAGAAGUGCCUGGAGCAUGGUGGUAGAAUUGAGCGGGACCUCAUCAUCAAAGAGAUUGCUGGGCCUGACGAGAGUUAUGAUAGUCUAUUGAUGAUGAUGAAGGACCAGUAUGGAAACUAUGUGGUGCAGAAGAUAUUCGAGACGUGUACUGUUGAGCAGCGUGUAGCAUUGUCCAGCCGAGUCAGGAUGCACGCUUCUGCGUUGAAGAAAUACACAUAUGGGAAACAUAUUGUUACUCGUUUGGAACAGCCCUUUGGUGAAGGUACUACUAACUUCCUCAGUUUCAACUAAAUCUGAGUGGGGGUGCAAAACCACAAUCUUAGGAACAAAAAGAGAGUUUUGUCUUUGAUAUGGAUUAUAUAGGGAGAAACAGGGUGAAGUACACAAUCAGCUAACAGUCUAUAUGCCAAAACUGUUGGGUCACAAUUGACAUGUGCAUAAGACUGAACAGGCUUGAAAUGCUAUCGCGUUGUUUUGCAGGAAGCCGAGAAUCGAGGAGAUGACUGGCUCUUCUGAUUUCAAGACAGUGGCUGACUGAGAUUUAGUUGAUGAUACAAUUGGCUUUUCAUGGAAGGUGGAUUCACUGCAUUGGAAAUGCGGAGUUGAUAAUCAUUGUGGAAGCAGUUGGUUGUGAAGAAAUAUAUCAGUAGCCGUUGUGAUGAUUGUGUGGGCAUGUUGGUAAAUAUUCGAAACUGUAUCACUAGUACUGUAACUGGUUUGUGGAUUCAUCAAAAGACAAUUUCAAAACUUUUCCAAACAGUAUCAUUAUUGAUUCCAUGCUAGUCGUUAUAGAGCCUCCUUCAGUGUAAUUCCUCUUUUGCCAACAA